CAAAUGGAGCUGCUUCUGGUGAAUAAGCUGAAAUGGAAUCUGGCUGCAAUGACCCCCCACGAUUUCAUUGAACAUUUCCUUACUAAAAUGCCUCUGGCAGAGGACACCAAGCAGAUCAUCCGUAAACAUGCUCAGACUUUUGUGGCUCUGUGCGCUACAGAUAUUAAAUUUAUUUCAAACCCACCUUCCAUGAUCGCAGCUGGCAGUGUGGUAGCAGCUGUGCAAGGCCUGCAUCUGGGGAACACUAACACUUUCCUCUCCUAUCAAUGCCUCACACAUUUCCUAUCACAAGUUAUCAAAUGUGAUCCGGAUUGUUUACGAGCCUGCCAAGAACAGAUUGAAUCCCUCCUUGAAUCCAGUCUACGUCAGGCACAGCAGCACAAUGUAUCUUCAGAAACAAAGACUGUAGAGGAUGAAGCAGACCUUUCCUGCACACCUACUGAUGUGCGAGAUGUGAACAUUUAAGAGGACUUCUUCUAAUGGGUUUGCUUGGCGAGAAAAGCAGACAAAGAAAGGGCAUCUGAGAAGGAAUCAGCAUCGGGAUCUCCCCCCCAGAAACCCUUUUCUCCAGGACAUUUUUAUACCAGAAGGGAAAACCAGUCUUGUUAUAUUUUUUCUUGCUCUGUCUCCCUUCCAUCUGUGACUUCAAACAAACAAAUAAACAAAAAAUACCCCAAAAACUGUCUUAAAAAAAGAAAAAAAUAGUAUUUGCAUUACCCCCAGGGGUUUGUGCUACAAAAAUAGAGGAUUUUAUACAAUAAUAAUCAACUAGUUUUUAUAUUAAAGUGUUCUUGUCUGUAUGUUGUAAAAAUAGGCAUUAACACACAAAAUGUCUCCAGGGGAGGUAUUAGAUUUGAUUUCUUACAUAUAAAAUCAACCAACCAACCAUUUUUAAAGUAGAAGAGGGUUUUUUUUUUUUAGAUAGUAAAUGAAAUAUUCUUUUUUUU